CGCCCCGGCAAGCUCCUCCCCCCGGGCCGGAGCGGGCGACCUCUGUCUCUUCCUGCUGCCGCCUGUGUGGGUGAGGUUGUCCGCGUCCGGGGCUGCGCUCUUCCGUCUCCUCCUCAUCCGUUAUCGCCGCUUCCUCCAAACACCGGAGUCCGAAUCCUCCGCCGCCCGAGCCCCGCACCGUGAUUAUUAUGCACAAGGAGCACCUGGCCCAGGAUGAGAACAGCAACCCGCGGGAGGGCCCAGUGAGCCGGAGGAAGGAGAGGCUGAGCCCCAGCGAGCACGACAUGAACCAGCUGAACCGCAGCCGCCCCAAGACAGGCUCCUGGGACUCAAACGGAUUUGGUCCAGAAAUCGAGGCGCUGGCUGGCCGCACCGAGGAGAGCGUCCCCCUUAGCCCUUCAAACUCUCUGAACCUGCGCCACCUGCGAGGCUGCGAGAAGGACUCCUCUGGGCGAGGGCUGCAGAGACCACCCCCUGCCCAGUACCACCCGAACUACUACCCCACACACCACCAUCACCACCACCGCACCUCCUAUUCCGGACACCGCAAAGGCUAUUGGGACUAUGAGAGCCAGUACCGGGAUGGCAAACGUAAAGCCUGGGUGCCCCGGCCCGGAGGGGGGCCCCACACACAGCGCCCCAGGAACCGCGAAGCCUUAAACUCCACAGAGAGCCCGUGUGCGGAUAUGAGGCCUGAGCAGACGGCAGGGGACAAAAGCAAAGCCGUCUCCCGCCAGCCCUCUCCCCCCGCAGAGAAGGAGCCGGCCGCCGACAGCUGGCUGCUCUUCAAGCCUCUGCCCGUCUUUCCUGUCGACAGCAGCAGCGCCAGGACGCUGCCAAAGAUCAGCUAUGCCAGCAAGGUGAAAGAGAACCUGGACGGCAAAGGACUGGUGCCCAGCUCUGCCCUCCGCACCUCCACUACCCUCCCCAACUGCCUGCUGAAUGCUGCACAGACGGGAGCGCAGGGCGACGCUGCUGCGCACACCGGCUCUCUCUCCUCCUCAUCUUGCUCCUCCCUCUCCUCCUCCUCCCCACCCUCCCCCGUCAGCCAGGAGAACCUGGGUGCCAUUUUUCAGAACGAGUGGGGGUUAUCAUUCAUCAAUGAGCCCGGAGCUGGCCAGGCGGUGCCUGCAGAGGCCAGGGAGCCCCAAGAGGAGACCCCUGGAGGGGUGGAAGGUGGUGGCAGUGAGGAAGCCCCCCCUGUGAUGGUGCGCCUGUCCCAUGGGUUCUUCAUUGAAGGUGCUGAUCCCGAGGUGACUGCCAUGGAGAAUCCUAAAGACUGGGAGGCCAUGGUCGCCUACAGCCUGCAAGAGUGGAAUCAUGUCUGGAACUUACACAAGAAAGAUCCCUCCCGUGUAGUCGUAUAUGCAGAAACCAUGGACGGAAAAGGUUAACAACCCCCCACGGAGCAGCAGACACCCCCCCAGCCUCCUGAGUGAGGCCUGUCCCUUCCACCCCAACCCUGCCUCCCCUCGCAACACACGGUCCGCAGAGCGGCAUUCAAGACGCCCCACGAGAGACUGCUUUAUACCCUCCUUCUCUGUGACCUCCGUGCAGGAAGGGGUUAAGGUGGCAUUUCCUGGAGAACCUUCUUUAGUUUGAUUUUACUUUGUGUCUUUCCCGUCCCCCCCCCCCCCCCCCCCCCAGCGUCUUAUCAGAUGGAGAGUGCUGUAUUUUCUCACAGGGGGGCCCGGUUGCCUCCUGCGUUCUCUGGCAUCCCGUCUUGUGUGGAUUACCGGCCUCAGCCACGUGGUGGCGCUCGGACUCGCCCAGAGUUGCGCUUCCUCGGCUCUUCCUUUUGCUUUUUACCCCCCUCCAGUGAAGUGAGAGGCGCCUCCCCUGCGGCACAGCCGCUAGCAGACGAACCACUGUGCAGCGCGGCUUCUCUGCGGCUCAAGGGGGAAAGGGUUCUCUACCGGAAAAGCAUUUACCCCCACCCCAUUUAUUUUAAGAACUCGCUAAGCACCUUUCUUUUUAUUUUUUGCAUCUUAUUUUAAUCCUUUUCACGCUAAGUUGUGGCUGAGGCACCAAAACCCAAACUGGCGAUUGGUUGAAGUCCAGGCCUGGGAGAUAUUGUCAUUAAAAUCUGUUUUAUUACC